AUGGUCCUUACGCGCCUGUUGUUUUCCAUCACCCUGCCCCUGAAGUCAGCCGAGAAUGUAAUGAUCCGCCCUGUUUUCAACCUCCCUACUGAAACUACGUCACGGACAGGUCUGAUUGAGGAAUGCUUCCUGCUCACACAAUUGACUGCUGCCCCGGAUUACCCGGAAGCUCAGUUUCCACUUGGAAUACCAUUGCUACUCUCUCUGUGCAUUGCGGAGUACAAGGCUGCAGUAAGAAACUUGGUAGUGCUUGCUGGCCAAGACAUCUUUCCGUUAGCAGGUCAUAGUGCUCGAGGAGAAAGGCAUGCAGCAGGUGAUUAG